AUGAACAAGGACGGUGAUAAUGUCCCGGUCCGAGCCGAACCAAGCUCUUUAGACCUAUUAAACACAGUAUCAGUUAAAGUUACGGCCUUCUGGUCGGAGUCUGCGGAAGCCUGGUUCAUCCAGGUCGAGGCCCAGUUUGCGCUCAAGGGAGUGACGUCCAGCUCUACGAAGUUUUACAACUGUGUCUCCGCCUUCAACCAAGAUACUGCUAACCAGGACCGCCUGCUGAAGUUGUUCGCCCUCGACGACUACCAGAGGUACGAGGCGAUUUCUAAUCUUCCUUUAUCUGGAGAUAUGAAGCCCUCUAAACUAAUGUCAAACAUGCUGGCCUUACUUCCUGCUGGUCAUGAGCCGUGUUUUUUUCUUAAAGGAGCCUUCCUCAAGAGAUUACCCACAGAUAUUUGCGCCCAUCUGAUCAGAGACGAUUUCUCCAACCCGAUCUCUUUCGCUCUUAAGGCAGAUGAAAUAUACAAGAGUAGGGUUUCAUCUUCUCAGGUUUACUCAGUCUCCAGCACUCCGGAGGAGGAACUCUCUGUCAAUGCCGUUAGACCUUCAGUUCCUAACCGUUCUCGACGCUCUGCUACUCCUCACACCAGCAGCCGUCAGACCAGUCGUUCUCAGUCUCCCACCUUGUGCUAUUAUCAUCGAGCAUGGGGGUCAAGAGCGAAGAAAUGCAGAGCUCCGUGUUCCUGGUCGGAAAACUAG